CUUCCCUUCACUGUUACUGUUCUUCGUCUCUCUUCUCUCUCUCCAACUAUUUUUCUCUCUGGCACGCUUUCUCUCGCUUUCAACCUUUCUCUUUAUUCCACUCGAAAAAAGCUCCAACGAAAUUUAAAAAAAAAACUCUUAUCAGUGAGGAGCGUAACGUUCUACCUGCUUCGUUUCCAGAUCUACAUUUUAUCCAGUCUCCGCCACAUAAUAAUAUUCUCGCCGGAGUUUAAACAUUCACCGGUGAAAAUGGGCUUUUGAUUAUACUUCCUACUUCUUUGUUUAGUUCCCAGGAAUGAUUGAUGAUGAUAAUCUGCGUUCUCUUCUGAUCUUUUAGGGUUAUUGAUUUCAAAAUGGAGGGAGUAGCAUCUAAAGCUGAGGAAGAAGCUCUUGAGACCACCCUAGAGGCAACCAAAGAGGGCAAUGCAGCUACUACUGCUGAUGGAAGCAGAAGUCCAGAGAGUGUUUCUGCAGCGUCUUUGGUCUCAAGCCGAGCUGCUACUGCUACUAGAAAGAAAGCAGUUAUUAGUUCGAAUCUAGUAAAGCCAACCGCGUCUUCUUCGUUAAGAGUCUCAAGCUCUACUACGCCUGUCGCUAUCAGGAGAAACAGCACUGGAGGAGUAACAGAGAAGCCAACUAAGGCUCUACCGAAACGUACGAGUACUACUGCCUCGGUUACUGAUCCUGUAAGGCGGUCACUUCCGGAACUCAAGAGGAGUUCUCUUUCUGCUAAGACUGUGUCUAGAGCAACCCUUCCAGAGAGUAAGAAGUCUAUCCCGGUAUCACCAGGUAGUCGGAGUUCGACAAAGUCUGGUUUAAGUAAGCCAGAGUCUUCUGCUAGACCAGCCGUGAGUGUCUCUGUGUCUUCGAAAAGAGCUCCCCCUUCACCGCAUUCUACUCUCUCAAGUGGAAGGACGGUUUCUAAGUUAUCUUCUCCCUCUGCUGGAUCAUCACCUUCCGUUUCUAGUGGUGUAAGAUCAAAGUCGUUAUCAACACCUCUUGACCGGAGUUCCAACAUCUCUGGACGCAAGAAGACAGAUACUCCGGAAAGCCGCGAUUCGCGACUUAUUAUCCUUCCAAAGGUGGAAGUUAAAGCCGGGGAUGAUAUGAGAUUGGAUCUCAGAGGCCACAGGAUUCGCAGUCUAACCUCCGGUGGGCUACACUUGUCGCCAAACUUAGAGUUCGUCUAUCUAAGAGACAAUCUCCUGUCUGAACUGGAAGGUAUUGAGAUACUGAACCGAGUCAAGGUCCUGGAUUUGAGUUUUAAUGAUUUCAAAGGGCCUGGAUUUGAACCACUGGAGAAUUGCAAAAUGCUGCAGCAACUUUAUCUUGCUGGAAAUCAGAUAACUUCACUCGCAAGUUUGCCUCAACUUCCGAACUUAGAGUUUCUCUCUGUUGCUCAAAACAAAUUAAAGUCACUUGCAAUGGCAAUCCAGCCCCGUCUUCAGGUACUAGCAGCAAGCAAGAACAAGAUAAAAACUCUGAAGAACUUUCCAUAUCUACCAGUUCUUGAGCAUCUGCGUCUCGAGGAAAAUCCAAUACUGAAGAUUCCUCAUUUGGAAGCAGCAUCCAUACUACUUGUAGGUCCCACCUUGAAGAAAUUCAAUGACAGAGAUCUCUCUCGUGAGGAACUGGCGAUUGCUAAGCGUUAUCCUCCACAAACAGCACUCUGCCUCAGAGAUGGUUGGGAGUUCUGCAAGUCUGAGCUCGCACCAGAAUCGACAUUUCGCUUCUUAGUUGAGAGGUGGCAAGAUACGUUGCCUUCUGGUUGUCUUAUCAAAGAAGCAUCGGUUGACCGACCUUCUGAAGAAUCUCCCUGUCAGUCUCACUUCGGUCUUGUUCAGGAAAGUACCGAAUCAGAAGUAGUCCUGAAAUAUCAAUGGUCUGCGGCAGACAGAUCUCUUUCUAAAUUUGUCCCUAUUCCUGAUGCAACCAAUGAGGUCUAUUGGCCAAAACGUGAAGACAUUGGUAGAGUUCUUAAGAUUGAAUGUACUCCUGUUAUUGGAGAGACUGAAUAUCCAUCCAUAUUUGCCAUAUCUUCACCUGUUCUACGAGGGAAGGGGAUACCAAAAGUUGUGAGCCUUGAACUACAUGGGGAACUAGUUGAGGGAAAUAUUCUCAAAGGACAAGCAGUGGUUGCAUGGUGUGGUGGGACACCUGGGAAAUGUAUUACCAGUUGGUUGAGGAGAAAGUGGAAUGGGAGCCCAGUGGUGAUUGAUGGAGCUGAGGAUGAGGAAUAUAGGUUAUCUCUAGAUGAUGUGGGAUCAAGUAUGGUCUUCAUGUACACACCAGUCACUGAAGAAAAUGCAAGAGGAGAGCCUCAGUACAAAUACACAGAGUUCGUAAAAGCAGCUCCUCCUUCUGUAAGUAAUGUUCGAAUUAUUGGAGAUGCUGUUGAAGGCUGCGUUUUAAAGGGGAUUGGAGAUUAUUUUGGAGGAAAGGAAGGUCCUAGCAAGUUCCAAUGGUUACGGAAGAACAAGGAGACUGGAGAUUUCUCGUUGAUAUCGGCUGGAACAUCUGAGUAUACAUUGACCCAGGAAGAUGUUGGAAGACAUGUCACAUUUGUGUACAUACCUGCAAAUUUUGAGGGUCUAGAGGGGGAACCACUGUCAACUUUAUCCAGUGUAGUCAAGCCAGCACCCCCAAAAGUGAAGGAUCUUAAGAUAGUUGGCGACCUGAGGGAGAAUAGUAAGCUCACUGUAACAGGUAUUGUUACUGGAGGAACCGAAGCCUCAAGCAGAGUGCAAUGGUUCAAAACAAGUUGCUCUAUCCUGGAAGGAGGCAAUAAUCUUGAAGAACUGAGCACAUCAAAAGUGGCAAAGUCAUUCCGUAUACCCUUAGGGGCAGUGGGUUAUUAUAUAGUUGCAAAGUAUACUCCAAUGGCACCUGAUGGUGAAUGCGGUGAAUCAGUGUAUGCAAUAUCUGAAAGAGCAGUUGAGACCCUUCCCCCCAGCUUGAAUUUCUUGUCAAUUACUGGAGAUAAUAUCGAGGGUGGAGUAUUGACAGCAUCCUAUGGAUAUAUAGGCGGGCAUGAAGGUAAAAGCAUAUACGAAUGGCAUUAUCAUAAGGCUGAAAGUGAUCACCCUGGUACAUUGAUACCUGGAGCCUCUGGGCUUCUUCAGUACACGGUUACUAAAGAAGCUAUUGGUAAAUUCAUUUCAUUUAAAUGUAUUCCUGUGAGAGACGAUGGGAUUGUGGGAGAGGCAAGAACUUGCAUGUGCCAGGAACGUGUUCGUCCAGGAAACCCAAGAGCGGUGUCUCUUCAAGUUGUUGGAGCUGCUGUUGAAGGAACAGUGCUAUCUGCAGAAAAAGAAUAUUGGGGUGGUGAAGAAGGAGCAUCUGUUUUCCGCUGGUUCCGGACUAAUUCAGAUGGCACUCCAUGCGAAAUAAAGGGUGCUACUACUUCGUCAUAUCUACUGUCAGUCGAUGAUAUAGGUUUCUUCAUUUCGGUUUCUUAUGAACCUGUGAGAAAUGACUGGGCUCGUGGACCCACAGUUAUUUCUGAUAUAACUGGACCAAUUAUUGCCGGCCAUCCAACUUGUCAGUCGCUGGAGUUUCUUGGAUCAAUGAUUGAAGGGCAACGUUUGAGCUUUGUUGCAUCAUAUACUGGAGGGGUAAAGGGAAAUUGCUCUCUUGAAUGGUUUAGGGUGAAACGUAAUGGUGUUAAGGAACUAUUGAGUAAUGAUGAGUUUUUGGAUUUAUCACUGGAGGAUGUCGGGGAAAGCAUUGAAAUUAUUUACACUCCUGUUCGUGAAGAUGGAAUAGAAGGGAGUCAGAGGAGUAUCAGAUCUGAUAGCAUAUCUCCAGCAAAUCCUAUGGGGUUGGAGCUUUUGAUUCCUGACUGCUAUGAGAGCCAGGAGGUUGUACCUCAUAAAACUUAUUUCGGAGGGCAUGAAGGUGAUGGAGAGUACAUUUGGUAUAGAACUAAGGAAAAGUUGCAUGGAUCUGCACUCACGGAAAUAUCCUAUGCCGGUGAAGAGGUUAUUGCUUGUUCUAGAACAUUAAAAUAUACUCCAUCACUUGAAGAUGUGGGGGCUUAUCUAGUCUUAUACUGGAUUCCUACUCGCGUAGAUGGGAGGAGUGGGAAGCCAGUUGUUUCAAUAACAAACUCUCCUGUUACUCCAGCUGAUCCGGAAGUAUCUAAUGUUCGUGUGGAGAAACUCUUUUCGGAUGCUUAUUCUGGAGAAGGAGAGUACUUUGGCGGCCAUGAAGGUGCAAGUCUCUUCAGUUGGUACAGAGAUAAUGAUGGAACCAUUGAUGUUAUUGCUGGGGCUAACUCCAAAACUUAUGAAGUGACUGAGUCAGAUUACAAUUGCCGCAUAUUGUUUGGGUACACACCUGUUCGUUCAGAUUCCGCUGUGGGAGAGCUAAAGAUGUCUGAGCCAACUGAAAUUAUCCUCCCAGAGGUUCCAAGAGUAGACAUGCUAGCGUUCACUGGAAAGGCUGUACAGGGUGAUGUUCUCACAGCCGUCCAAGUGAUCCCAAAGACUGAAAUCCAACAACUUGUUUGGAGCAAGUACAAAGGAGCUAUUGAAUACCAAUGGUUUCGCUCACUGGAAUCAGGGAAUGAGAUGUCGUAUGAAGCACUCUCUUCAGAAAUUUCGUGUUCAUACAAGGUGCGGUUUGAAGAUAUUGGCAGAUGUCUCAAAUGUGAAUGUGUAGUACAUGAUGUGUUUGGAAGGUCUAGUGAACCAGCAUCUGCCGAGACUGGUUCAAUCUCUCCAGGUUUCCCUAAGAUAGAGAAUCUGAAGAUUGAAGGAGGAGGUUUCCACACCAACUUAUACGCUCUUCAAGGCAAUUAUUUUGGUGGUAAAGAGGGAAAGAGUAAAAUCCAGUGGCUUAGAUCAAUGGUUGGAAGCCCUGAUCACAUCUCAAUUCCAGGUGAGACAGGAAGGAUGUAUGAAGCUAAUGUGGAUGAUGUCGGAUACAGACUGGUCGUUUUAUAUACACCCAUACGUGAAGAUGGUGUUGAAGGUCAGCCAGAUUCUGCAUGUACGGAACUUAUUUCUGUUGAACCUGAUCUUUAUAAGGAAGUGAAGCUGAAACUAGAAACUGGUUUAGUGAAGUUUGAGGUGCUGUGUGACAAGAACCCUUAUCCAAAAAAGAUUGCUGGUGAGGGAAAUCUGGAGAGACGGAUGCUAGAAAUGAACAGGAAGAGAUUAAAGGUAGUGAAACCAAGUUCAAAGACGUCUUUCUCAAGCACUGAAGUUCGUGGAAGCUAUGUUCCUCCUUUCCAUGUGGAGACAUUUCGUAAUGACCAGAGAAGGCUGAGGGUUGUUGUAAAUAGCGAGAAUGCAGUAGACAUGGUGGUACAUUCGCGCCAUCUCCGCGAUGUUAUAGUGCUUGUAAUCCGAGGCUUUGCGCAGAAGUUCAACAGCACUUCACUCAAUUCGCUACUUAAGAUCGAUGCUUGAUUGAAAUCGAAAAGAGUGGAUUGCGUCUAUUGCAAGUUUUUUUCUGUGUGCCAUUCAAUAUGUUAUGGUGAUGAAAACUAAGAGUGAUUGCUCAAUGAACCGAACUUCACCUGAGUUUCAUAUACUAGUUUUUAGGUUUGUUUUGGUUUAUUCUGGUUGAAGAAUUCAUAACAAUGUAAAAACCCCCAUGAGAAUCCUCAAUGAACCGUUGUGGUUUUAAACCCUUUUAUCAUUUUAUAUCUGUGUGUAUACAACUUAGUAAUGAGAUGUGAAUGCAUACAUCAUUUGUUUUCA